AUGCGCGCGUUCUCAUAUAUCCUAGGCUACAGCAGCGCCUUGCUAGCCUGUCUUCCCACAUGCCUCGCCGCACCGUAUCAAAGCAGGAAUGCAGGCCCCUAUGACGGCGCACCAGUAUCGACUGUCUUCCAGCUAGACCGUAAUCAAACCUGGUUCGAGAACCUCGUGGUACAGCGCAAUGGUAGCAUCCUCGCAACUCGCAUCGACGUUCCGGAACUCUGGUCGAUUGACCCAGCAACCAAGAAUGGUACCAGCAGUCAAGGAGUGGGCUCGUUGCUCUACAAGUUUCCCAACGCCACGAGCCUCCUAGGCAUCGCGGAGCUUGAAAGAGAUGUGUUCGCGAUUGUCUCGGGCAACCUUUCUCUCCCCAGUACUAUAUCGACACCGGGAUCCUACAAGAUUUGGACCAUCGAUCUCGCCGGCGAAAAGCCCCAUGCGAAACUUCUUGCACCGGUUCCCGGUGGGGUGUUCUUGGAUGGGCUGGUCAAAUUCAGUGAUGAUCUCCUCUUGACCACGGACGCCGGCAAGGGCGCCAUUUGGCGCGUCAACACCACGACUGGAGAAAGCUCCCAGGUCUUGUCCCAUCCGUCCAUGAAACCAGCGGAUGGGCAGCCAAUCCUGGUAGGCGUGAAUGGAUUGAAGGUCCAAAAUGGUUACAUCUAUUACACCAGUACCACCAAAGAGGUGUUUGCUCGCUUCCCUGUCGAUGAGAACGCGACCCCUACUGGCCCUAUCGAGGUAAUUACUAGUGGAUUCACCUUCGACGAUUUCGCGUUGGCGGACGAUGGCACGGCGUACCUGUCGACAAACCCACAAAAUCAAUUGCUGAAGAUCUCACCGGAGGGCAAGGUCCGCCUUAUUGCUGGAAGUCAGGUUACGAAAGCUGUCGCAGGGUCUACGGCAGUUGCUUUCGCCAAUGAUGAGCAAUCGAUUUUGUAUGUCUCGACGAGCGGUGCGUCGGUCGAGCCGGUCCUUUGCAAGACGGUGGAGCCUGCCAAGAUCGUGGUUGUCAAGCUGAGAGGGGUAUCUUGA